UCCGUAUCGGACCGGUCCUGGGAGCGCGCACUGGUCACUUUUCCACGGUGAAGUCUCAGGUGAUCAAGGUGAAGCCGGAGGGGCGUCUCUUGCUCACCCCUCCACCAGCGACAACAAACCCCAUCGACGAUUCACGAUGUCCCAGUGAAGUGUCGCCUGGAAGCGACGACCAACGAGCGUUGAUCGUUGAGGGCGUCGAGCAGCAAGAUCAAGAACUCCUCGGCCCCGCUGUCAACAAUCACCACCGCCAUUACCAUUCCCAUUGUCGUUACGACCGGCAUCGACCGAAUCGGGAUCCAGAUCACGAAAUCAACGACGCCGCUGAUUCGUUCUUGUUGUCAGCCACAGCAGCGGCAGCGGAUCCGGACCUUUGUCGCCUAACAAGGGCGUUGCAAGAACUCGCCGCUCAAACGAAUACUAACAGUGGUCGGCAAGGAAGACAGUCGACCAGAUUCGGAUUCGGUCGAGGCGGUUGUUUAGACGUAGCGGGCAUCGACAGCGAUACGAGCACUGGCUGCCGCUCAGAGCUCUCCAAUCAACAGGUCUCUGACGAGGAAGCACAGCAGUUACGAAGAGGAGGUGUGGGGGUGUCCGGCAUCGGUUCGGUUGGUGGCCUCGGUGGGUGCAACUGGCGUCCGUCCCCGCUUCAGGCUGCUCUCCUAUCGUGUCUUCCAUCGGUCGCAAUGGCUCUCCGAUGCGCGGCUCUCGUCAUGGCCGUUCUACUGCUGAUGUUGUUAGCCAGUAGCUCGCAAGCACAAAACAGCGACCCAAUGCUCCAGUUAGAUUUCUGCCCAGAUGAGUGCGAUUGCGAUGCGCUCACGGUCGAUUGUUCGACCCGAGGACUUCGAUUUGUGCCGCGGAACAUUCCCAAACAAGUCCGAAAAUUGGAACUCGAGGGAAAUAAUAUCGAAAUCAUCAACAAGGAUGAUCUGAAGGGUCUCCGAAAGCUGCGGAUAUUGCAACUGCAGGACAACAACCUGCAUACGAUAGACAAAAAUGCUUUCGCAGACCUUGUCGCCCUAGAAAGAUUACGAUUAAACAACAAUAAACUUAGCAUGCUCUCUGAUGACUUAUUCGCCUCACUAUCGCAUCUUCACAGACUGAAUUUGUCCUCCAAUACAUUAACGCUGAUUUCGCGUAAGACCUUUUCGGGAUGCCCGUCAUUGCGUAAUCUUCAACUUGAAGGAAAUCACAUUGCAUGUAUUGAUGAUGCUGCACUUCGACGGCUAAAGAAUCUCGAAGUCAUUACGCUUUCGAACAAUAAUCUUACAAGAAUUUCCAGGUAUCUAUUCGAUGGUCUGAAGAAGCUUCGAGUCUUGAAGUUAUCCGAUAACCCGCUGUCGUGUGAUUGCCACUUAUCAUGGCUUUCGGGCUGGUUGCGCUCGAAUCCUAGACUGGGUCUUUACACCAGUUGCCAUUCACCGUCGUAUCUUAAGGGCAAACCCGUCGCCGAGCUUCGUGAGGCUGACUUUAAGUGCAAUGGUCUGGAUCUUAUGCUGGCAGACGAGGCCCCCGUAUGUAACCUUGAGGCGACAUGCCCAACACCAUGCACCUGCAAAGCUAACGUCGUCGAUUGCCGUGACAAAGGACUGACCGAAUUGCCGCACUUCUUUCCGGAUGAUACCACUGAAAUAAAUUUGCAAAACAACCGAAUUACUGAACUCCCUGCCAGGAGAUUUGCCAGUCUACGCGUGCUUCGGAAGCUCGAUCUGACGGGCAAUCACAUUGGCAAAAUCGAUCCCGAAGCCUUCGAAGGAUUGCGAACCCUCACGAUUCUGGCGCUGUACCGAAACAACUUAACAGAUCUUCCGUCUGGCGUAUUUGAUGGACUCACCUCCCUUCAAGUGCUCCUCCUAAAUCGUAACCAGCUCGGGUGUAUACGCAAGGACGCGUUCCGGGAUCUUCAAAACCUCAACGUGCUAUCCCUAUAUGAUAAUGCUAUUCAGUCCUUAGCGGACACCACGUUCGCCCCACUGGUCAAUAUCCAAACCGUCCAUCUAGGCAAGAACCCGCUCGUAUGUGAUUGCAACCUCCGCUGGUUAUCACGAUGGAUUGCUUCGUUCCAAGAGGAUACUAGUCAGGAACAGGAAGAAGAACAGCUAGGAGUCGAGAAAAGCGAUGCCCGAUGCGAGGCCCCCAAGCGUGUUGCUGGCAAAAGGCUCGCUCAGCUGGUUGAGGGCAAAUUUAAGUGUAGAGGCGCUGAAGAGUUCCGAACCAAGUAUGCGGGUGAAUGCCGAUUGGACAACGGAUGUCCGUCGGGCUGUGUUUGCGAAGGAGCUAUCGUUGAUUGCUCGAGGCGUGGCCUACACUCGAUUCCCGAUGAUUUGCCCAUGUUCACCGAGGAACUGCGACUUACCGGAAACUCUAUUGAGCGGCUUCCUUCCGAAGCUUUCAAGAACCUGCCUAAUCUUUUGAAGGUCGAUCUUAGGGACAAUCGUAUCAAAGACAUUGACGAUAAUGCUUUCUACGGGGCUGCACAAGUAACUGAUCUACUUUUAUCGGACAACGAACUACGACACGUCCGGCCGAAGAUGCUGGCAGGCCUUUCGUCGAUCAAGAACCUUCUGCUCAGCUCUAACCAGCUCGUGUUCAUUACCAACGACACCUUCUCGGAAUUGCCUUCUCUACAGUUACUGUCCCUGAACGACAAUAAAAUCCGUUGCAUUGCACCGGGCAGCUUUGUAAGACUACGCAAUCUUCAGACACUUAACCUGAUGGCAAACCCAUUAGUGUGCAACUGCCAUCUGCGGUGGUUGGCUCAUUGGCUGAGGGACACGUCGGUAACGGUUGACGGCCCAACAUGCGGAGGAGGUCCGUCAGACCUCAAAGACUCACCCGUUGUAGACGUCCUGGCUGGUGAUUUCAUCUGUAACCGAGAAGAUCCCGAUGAAGAGGAGUGCGCGACUGACGGCGUGUGUCCUAAGGGCUGUUCAUGUAGCGGUAGUGGAGGCCAACAGGUGGUAAGAUGUUCGAGACUUAAACUCAAUUCAAUACCAAGACGAAUUGAUCUUGCGCUCACACAGGAGCUCUACCUCGAUUUUAACAACAUCGAUGAAAUCUCGCCACAGUUAAACAGCAUCUAUGGAUUAACUAAGCUGGAUUUAAGCAACAACAAAAUCACAAUAAUACCCAACAACGCGUUCUCUAAUCUCACCAAACUGAACGCUCUGAUCCUGACGAACAACAAGCUGCAAUGUAUUCAGAAUGAAAGCUUCCGAGGACUAAAAAAUCUUCGAGUGCUGUCCUUGCACGGCAACGAGAUUUCUAUAAUGCCCGAGGGCUCGUUUAAGGACCUAACCGCCAUUACUCACAUCGCUCUCGGAUCCAAUCCGCUCUAUUGCGACUGCCAAAUGCGCUGGGCUUCCGACUGGAUCAAGAAGGACUUCAUUGAGCCUGGCAUCGCCCGUUGUGCCGAACCGCCGCACAUGAAGGACAAACUUGUCCUCACUGCACCAUCGAACGCCUUCGUAUGCACACAACGUGCUCCGGCGCAUAUUCGAGCCAAAUGUGACGCGUGCUUCACUUUCCCGUGCGAGAACGGCGCCACGUGCACGUCAUUGGUUAUGCGAAAGUAUGAAUGUAGCUGCGCCCCUGGGUUCCACGGUGAUCGCUGCCAAUACACGAUCGACGCAUGUUUCGAUAAACCCUGUCUCAAUGACGGACUCUGCAAACCACAGGAUGCUGGCCGAUUCACUUGUCACUGUCCGGCCGGUUAUGAGGGCUCUCGUUGCGAAACGAACAUUGACGAUUGUAUCGAACAUCGUUGUGAAAAUAACGGUACCUGUGUCGACCGCGUCAAUGGGUACAGUUGCUAUUGCCCAAUGCCCUAUACGGGCGAGUUCUGUGAAACAAAAAUGAACUUCUGCACAGAAGAUUUCAAUCCGUGCGAGAACGGCGCUGAAUGCAUCAGCCACGAGACGCAUUACACUUGCGUGUGCCCCGUUGGGUUUACCGGCGUUAACUGUUCGUCGAAUAUUGACGACUGCGUCGACAACCUUUGUGCAAAUGGGGCGACUUGCAUCGAUGAGCUCAACACGUACAGGUGCCUCUGUCCGGACGGUUAUUCCGGUACGUUUUGCGAGAUAGCACCAACAAUAGCCAUGAUGUACCCUCGCACAUCACCCUGUCAAGAGCAUGACUGCGUUCAUGGGGUGUGUUUUCAACCCGAUACUGAUGGGUCAGACUACGAAUGCCGUUGUACACCAGGUUUCACCGGCAAACGAUGCGACAUCCUAUCAAGUGUCAGCUUCCGAGAAGAAUCGUUUGUAGAACUCGACACGUUGGCCACCAGGCCCAGUGCCAAUCUCACUAUACAAUUCGCUACCGCGCACAAGUUUGGUAUUCUCGCUUACGACGGUAGUCAGGAGAAGGGGCAUCAUCUGGCCGUUGAGCUAUUCAAAGGACACGUUCGGGUAUCGUACGACGUUGGCAACUAUCCGGCGUCUAAUGUGUUCAGCUACGAAGAGGUAUCGGACGGUGCAUUUCAUUCACUUGAGUUGUUACUCUGGGGCCGAAACCUGACGAUGCGGGUAGAUGAUGGCAAUCCACGAAGCAUCGUCAACGACGGAGCAAACGAAUACCUCGACCUGGAUGCGAGCAAUCCGCUCUAUAUCGGUGGCUUGCCUGCAGAUCGGGCUGAAGCAGCCGUGCGGCUAUGGCACCUCAAAAAUUUCACGUCCUUUGUCGGCUGCAUGCAGGGCGUGUUUAUCAACGAAGUGUCGCAAGAUGUGAUGAAUGCACGAAAUAAGCAGCGUGUCUCACCUGGAUGUGCCGCCCACCUAACGCCAAAUAGCGGCCGAAAUAAUGGCAAGAAGCCGUGCGAUGACCACCAGUGCGUGAAGGGCAAAUGUCGAGAGACAUCUUCAACUUCGUAUGACUGCAAGUGCCGACCUGGAUGGAGUGGGCCUUUCUGCGAUCAAGCGCCAACCUGUCAGAAGCAGCGAACGCACGACUACGUGCGUGACGAAAACGGGUGUCGUUCCGCCAAGAAGGUGAAGAACGCCGUGUGCGUUGGAGGAUGUGGCGAGGCCUGUUGCCGGCCUGUGGCUCAGAAAAGUAAACGGAGACAAGUCAAAAUGGUUUGUCCAGAGAACCCAGCCGGUGCCUACACCAAAACGGUCGAAAUCAUCAGAAAAUGCGCCUGCACCGAGCGUAAUUGCGACGACAUUUGAAUGACAUAUAUAAAUAUACUACUCUAAAAAUUACGUAGUUGGUUACUACAUCCAUAAAUACAUUAUAAACGAAGAACAGAAAAGUACACUCGACCACCUACUCUACAUGAAAGUGUGGUACAGAAAUAUAUAUGCCUCUAUGAGGUUUAGAGUUGAUCCCCUCCACCCCCCCCCCCUUCAAUAUCCAGUCCUGGCUUCAAUGAACAUGGGAUGGACAUCCUCUGAACAGUGCGCUGUCAAAUGGAGGAAUCAAAUGGAAGGGGGCCCGUCAGUGAUUUCAGUAAGAGAUGGAAAGCUGUAGUUUGUAUGCUCGCAAUACAAAAGGCAACAUUUGAUGUCUUUGCGGCUCG